AUGACUUCUCCUCAUCCCCCUCGCAGCUACUACUCCAUCUCAUCGGACUAUUCGCCUACCCCAUCUUUUGACGAGGACGGUGAUUCCUUCACCUCUUUUGGCUCUAUUCAAACCCCUCCCCGUUUGAGAGCUAUGAUCCGUUCGAUCUUUGAUGGUACCCUCAACUCUCCUAUCCGUUCCUUCCCAGAUUCUGAUUCCUACUAUGCUGCCUCCCCGCGUGAAGGAGUGUCCGACUACGUACCUUCACCCAUUGUCACCGAGGGCCUUCAUCACGGUUUAUUUUUAGGUGAAACUUUUGGAGACCACCGAGAUCGGCUAUUGGCCGCCCUUGCCCCAUCCACUCCUGACAGGGCCCCUGCCAUAGACUCUUCCGCUUCCGACGAGGAGUAUGAGCUGGAUGAUUGUGCGCUUUCCUACUUCAAUCCUUCCUUGCCGUGCACUAAUCCGAAUGCUAACCUCGAUCUUCUAGCCAUCCUUGUCCCUACCCCCCGCACUGAUCAGGAUCAUCCCACUAUUGUCGCCGGGUCACCCAAUUCGACUAGUCCUGGUUACGUUCCUAAUGCGCAUAUCGAUGUCGGCGAGAAUGUUGGGCUGUUCAACCCAAACGAUGACAGUGUUUCCCAUGUAGACCCCCGCUUGCAACUUCUAUCCGAGGACAACAACCAAUCUGAUAUAGAUUCUGUCUUCUCGUUGCUAGAUCCCUAUGAGGACCCCACCGAUACCACUUAUGUCCCUCCCAAGAAAAACAAACAGUCCUACGCCGGUCGAAAACGUUCUUCUGGAUCCUUGUCCCCCAAACCAAAACCUGCCUUUGUUCGCCCGAGAGACUCGAAAGGCCGUUUUGUAUCCCUCCGAUCUAAAAAUUUAGGCAAGUUGAAGGCUACUAGCGUCGAUGACCAGCUCCCCCGGUCAUCGUCAUCUUCCACUUCUCUUCCCCAAGCUGUGGUGGAUUCCGGUCAUCCUCAUCUAACCGAAACGGCCCUGAAUACUUUCCUCAAUACUGUUUUGACGUCCCCGGAUGAGGCCUUUCCUUUAUCCUUUCAUCUUCCUGACCCUUUUGCGGCUCACUUCUCUCUUGCUGGUCCCUCAGUCUUGGGGACUAAUCCUUUCAUUCCUCCUACCCCGUUUAUACAUAUGCGUCCUGAUGAUCCUCGUCUUCAAUUCCGAACCUCUUUUGUUGAUCUCCUCCGGGCCAUUGUGCCCUUCCUUUCUAACUUCACCCCUUCCCCUGAUGAUCAUGAAAGCUUUAAGUUACUUAACCAUGCAGUGGUUGCUGCACAAGACUGGUACAUCCGGUCGCAUCACUUAUACCCUGAUGUGGCAGACCAUCAGUUACAGUUUGAUCAGUACUAG